AAAAAAUUGUAGAAAAGUUGAUGUUAGCAUUUUGACUGGAUUGAAAAAUAAAUAUUGAUUAGAAAAAAAAUAGGCUGCUAAAUUUUUUUAUAGCAGAUUUGAUAUAAAUAAAAAAGAUGAAAAUUUAGAAACAAUUUAUUAAUGUAAAGAAAAUGAUGAUGAAGUAUCAAAUUCAUAGAAUACAUAAUAAUAAUAAUAUGAAGACCUAAAGAGAGAUUUACAGAUUUCCUUCCAAGUGUUUUUUUUAUCUAAAGGAUCAUAAGAGAGUUAAACUGAAAAAAGAAGUCUUUGUUCAAAAAAAAAAAGAGGUCUUUGUCAAAGUCAAAGGAAGGGAGCACAGGAGAUCAAAGAAGAACAGUCGAUGUUGAAUGGGUCCUACAGAUGACGUGUCUAAAUGCCAUAGGUUAUACAACGUGUCUCAAGCCUGCGAAGUUUUUGUUGGAGUGAAAAGACGAGAAUAUCCCUUUCGUCAUUCUUUGCGUCAGUCAACCGAAACAAUUGAAUGUUCGGAGGAGAAAGGCAUAAAUCUGGGAAAGAAAGUCCGUUAUAAAAAAGGAACAGGGAUCACAAUUUUCCCGAGAAAAUACGAAGGAAGGAAGGAAGGAGAUCUUGAUGAUCAGAAACAACUGUUUUGUCUAAUUCCUGCGAGAAGAAGAAGAAGAUGAUGAUGAUACAUUGGUUUAAGCAGCUGCGAUCGGCGUUUGGCGUCGCGUUUCUGUGGCUCGUUUGCCUCAUUUACUUCACUCAGGGAUUUAGAUCGUUUGUGUGGACAGCAGUUUCGUACCAGCUCAAAGACAGGCUUCAGCUAUCACCAUCAGCUUCUCAGUUCGUCUUUUCUGUCGCCUUCUUUCCAUGGAGCAUCAAACCAUUAUACGGAAUCAUCUCAGAUUGUAUCCCUAUAGGAGGGAAGAAGAGGACACCGUACUUGGUGAUAUCGACAGUGCUCUCUCUUGUUCCAUGGCUCUUGCUCGGUCUAGACUCAUCCUCCCGAAGUUCCAGCCUCUAUCUCAUGAUUUUCUUGACCGUACAAAAUCUUGGAUCAGCCAUGGCUGAUGUUGUGAUAGACGCCAUGAUUGCUGAGGCUGUAAGAAUCGAAAAGUCCUCGUUUGCUGGAGAUCUUCAGUCUGUCUCAUGGUUUGCUAUGGCUGUGGGUGGAAUCUGCGGUAGUCUCUUAGGAGGCUACGCGUUGAACAACUUGAACAUAGAAACAAUCUUCCUCCUUUUCACGGUGUUGCCUGCGUUACAGCUACUUUCAUGUCCUCUCGUUGAAGAGAUUCCUGCUAGUAAUGAACCGUUGCCUGAGCUGCUGGACUCGAACGAGUUUGAAGAGAAGAGCAAGAUGAGCAAUGAUACCUAUCCACACACGAAGAAGUCCAACACAAGAAGAAGGAAAGGGCAGAAGAAAGGUAAGAAAGGAGCUUCCAGUGGAAAGAGUGAGACACACAAGAAGCAAUCAAAGUCUUUAGCUUCAAAGUUGUUCCAGUCAUUGAAAGCAGCCGCUUUGGAAUUAUGUCGUGCGUUCAAACAACCGAUCAUUUUGAGACCAAUGGCGUGGUUUUUCAUAGCGCAUAUCACCGUGCCAAACCUCUCUACGGUCAUGUUCUAUUACCAAACCGAGGUGUUGCAGUUAGACGCUUCUUUCCUAGGAACAGCCCGUGUUGUUGGUUGGUUAGGUCUCAUGCUUGGAACCUUUAUCUACAACCGCUAUCUCACAAAUAUGACUCUCCGAAAAUCUCUCUUGUUUGCUCACAUUGGGCUGUCUAUAACCAUACUCCUCGAUAUGACCUUGGUGUCUAGAGCAAAUGUGGGUUAUGGAGUAUCAGACAAGACAAUGGUUCUCUUCGGAUCGGCUCUAGGUGAUGCCAUCAAUCAACUCAAAUUCAUGCCGUUCUUGAUCUUGUCUGGUCGUCUAUGUCCUCCUGGGAUUGAAGGAACACUGUUUGCGCUGUUUAUGUCGAUAAACAACCUUGGGAACACAGUUGGGUCGUUCAUGGGAGCAGGAUUGGCUUCACUUCUUGGAAUCUCUUCAGGGUCCUUUGAGAAUAUGUCUAUGGGCUUAGCUAUUCAAGUGUUUUGCACUUACAUACCCGUGUUGUUUCUUUUCUUGAUACCCAAGGAAGCUACAGGUGUAUCAGCUUCAUAGGCUAGAGAGCAAAGAUAUUUUCUAAUAUAAAAGUUAUAAAAGUUUUGAGAUCAGAGUUUUUUGGAUUUUUUUUGGGCAUCAGGUGUUGACUUUCUUAAAGGCUUUUGAAAUUGACAAACAUCAGACACACAGUAUAUAUUAAAUAUACAUCCUCCCAUUAUCUUUUCAAUUACUGGUUACAUA